UUUGGAUGUGGUCUGGUUCCCAGAGCCUCUCCUGCUCUGAAGCGCUCGACUUCGGUUUGCUAUAUAUCAGCAGCUAAUUCCUUCUCCAAGUUUCGUCAUCAUUUCCAGAUCUCCUUCCCAGUAUAUGUCCCAGGUGGAGGAACUUCCGUCCACCUUGUCAUGCCGUUCGUUCCUCAGUCAUCUUUAUUCUUAGGAGUGUCCAGCGGUAUAUUUUAAACAUGUUUGGGUCUUUCACAACGCUACCUAUUGCGUUCGGGCUUUUAUUUUUCUUUAAAUAUGUUCGCCUAAUUGGGAAUCUCAUUGGGUAUGGGACAUACAAACCCAUUCACCCCGGGACUGCUCCCAGGUUGAUUCGGUCCCCGGGCAACAAGGAUUUCGCCCCCCAAUCCGAUCUAUCAGAUGAUCAACCCACGAAGUCUUUCCAAGCCUGCCGUGAACCUUCACCUGAAUACAACUCAGAGGAACCCCUGACUCCUCAGGACGUUACCGUCAUUGUUCCAGCGCUGGAUCCUUCUCAGGAAAGCCUCCGACGGUUUCUCCCUACAUGUGUCCAAAAUAACCCGAAAGAGAUAUUCCUUGUUACGAUUGACGAAAAGCUUGGCCAGGCAGUCACCCUUGCCGAGUCGAUUUCAACCCGCAUUACGGUCUUGAGCAUUGAGCGGCCAAAUAAACGAAGGCAAAUUUUGGAGGCCCUGCCGGGGGUCUCGACAAAGAUCAUCAUUCUUGCAGAUGACGAUGUUGUCUGGCCACGAAACCUAUUAAAAUGGAUGCUAGCCCCCUUCGACGGAGAUCCCAAAAUCGGAGGGGUGGGGACCAAUCAAAGGGUGAUGAAGGGGCCAAAGUCCACCUUCUGGGAUUUCUUGAAUUCGCAAUACCUGAUCCGCAGGAAUUUCGAUUGCACUGCAUGCGCGCAGAUUGACGGCGGCCUUCCAUGCCUCUCUGGACGAACGGUGGCCUACCGGGCGAAAAUCCUGCAGGACCCGGCAUUCAUGUGGGAAUUCACUCACGAAACAUGGCGCACAUAUCUCCUGAAUGUUGAUGAUGACAACUUUUUGACCCGCUGGAUGGUCAAUCAUGGGUGGAACACGUGGAUCCAGAAUCAUCCCGAUUGUGAGGUUUUGACCACACUGGAAAACAAUCCGCUCUAUAUCAGCCAAUGCCUCCGCUGGUCAAGGACGAACUGGCGAAGCAACCUGAAGAGCAUGUUCCAAGAACGGACAAUCUGGAAGAGGUACCCGUGGAGUUCCUUCGCGGUGUUCCAAACCACCCUAACAUCAUGGUCGCCCAUUUAUGAUCUUGCCCUUUCCACUUCGUUCUGGAAUAUGACGGCAGGAAUAUCCUUCGGGUGGCAAUGUUGCCUAAGAUCGAUAAUGUGCCUAUGGAUUUUCUGGGGUUGUCGAGCCGUGAAAUACGUUGAGCAUUGGAAACAGUACCCUGAGGACUUGGUGUACCUCCCUCUCUUGCCAUUUGUUGGCUACCUUCAUACGAUUAUCAUCAAGUUUUGGGCCAUGUGCACCAUCAAUAGGUGCUGUCCCCACUCCGAAGUCUGGAGCUGUCAUCAACAUCAACUGAAGGUGACAAGGACACGUUCACUCUGUCCUGCGCGUCAUUCCCCAAUUCGGACGACCCGUCCAUUCAGCUAACUUGCUCAUUUUUAGACAGCUUGGGGUAGCAGACCAGGUGCUGACGAGAAUGACUCCGAACGUCUAAUCAAACCUCCAGCCUACCUCCGCGAGGCUCCCAAAAAUUCCUUAUUGGAACCUCACAUGUCUGGCGACCUGCACGACGACAUGUCGCCGUUGCCUCUUUAUGAGGCGGCUACCGCCGUUGGGGAACCCGUCAAACCAUCU